GCAAACUUUGCUCCUCCUCCCCCCUUAUCAGCGAGCGGAUAGGACAAAAAUCCACGGGGGUGUGUGUGGUGUGUGUCUGUGUGUGUGUGCCUGGCAUACUAGCAGAGAGAUAGACAGAGGGGGAGGCCAGUGACUUUCUAGGUGAUGAUCUGCCUGCUCUCGCACAUGGAGCUGCUGCUCUCUGAUCGCUGUGCCGCUCAUGUUCCCGCGCUCUGUUAAUCAUUCUCCCACAUGCUCCUUCCAGCACGCACCUCUCUGCUUCUGCUCCAUUCAAUCUCUCUCACAUCUAAGGAACAGUCAUUUGAACUUCUUACUGGAGAGAUGAGAGGAUUGUUUGUGUCAGAGAGUAACAGCAGCAGCAGAUGUUUGAAGAUAAUUGCCUUUCUUGAAGGGUGAGGAAUUGUUUCAUUCUCCUUUAAGCGUGCCUAUGUUGUCCUCCAGAAGCGCACCUGUUGAGAUUCUGACGCAGAUGGAGAAAUAACAACGUGGGAAAAGAAGACAGGGAAUUUAAAAGGAGACAUUAUGAACAACACGGAGCACCAUGGGUUGAUCCAUGGCUACCAUAACAGGAGCCAAACUUCAGGCAUUUUGCCGCUGAACAAAGACUCCUCAGCCAAGGACAAGGACUCAUCUGCAGGAUGCUACGAGCAGCUGCUGAUUUCCACAGAGGUGUUCCUGACUCUGGGCAUCGUCAGCCUGCUGGAGAACAUCCUGGUUGUAACCGCCAUAAUCAAAAACAAGAACCUUCACUCGCCUAUGUACUUCUUUAUUUGUAGCCUGGCAGUGGCCGACAUGCUGGUUAGCGUCUCCAACGCCUCGGAGACGAUCGUCAUAGCGCUCAUCAACGGAGGCAGCCUCACCAUCCCCGUUACGUUGAUCAAAAACAUGGACAAUGUGUUUGACUCGUUGAUCUGCAGCUCUCUGUUGGCGUCCAUCUGCAGCUUGCUCGCCAUCGCCGUUGACCGCUACAUCACCAUCUUCUACGCUCUCCGCUACCAUAACAUCGUGACCCUGCGGAGAGCCAUGCUGGUGAUCAGCAGCAUCUGGACGUGCUGCACGGUGUCCGGCAUCCUCUUCAUCAUCUACUCAGAGAGCACCACGGUCCUCAUCUGCCUCAUCACCAUGUUCUUCACCAUGCUGGUGCUCAUGGCCUCGCUGUACGUCCACAUGUUCCUGCUGGCGCGCCUGCACAUGAAACGCAUCGCAGCGCUGCCCGGCAACGCGCCCAUCCACCAGCGAGCCAACAUGAAGGGCGCCAUCACCCUCACCAUCCUCCUCGGGGUGUUCGUGGUGUGCUGGGCGCCCUUUUUCCUCCACCUCAUCCUCAUGAUCACCUGCCCCAGGAACCCCUACUGCACCUGCUUCAUGUCCCACUUCAACAUGUACCUCAUCCUCAUCAUGUGCAACUCCGUCAUCGACCCCAUCAUCUACGCCUUUCGCAGCCAAGAGAUGAGGAAAACCUUCAAAGAGAUUUUCUGCUGCUCACACGCCCUCCUGUGUGUGUGAGCAGGUUGGUGAUCUGCGACCCUGACAGAUACAAUCAGCCAUUUUAAUGAAAACUGAUCCGACAAGGACUUUGAGAUUCUGAGCUGUAAUCACUGUGGACUGGCUCUGUUGUG